UUAUGUAAAGAUGUAACCAAGUAUUUAUCAUCGUUGGGUGUGUUUUACGAUCAUAUGUAAAUAAACGAUUUCAUUCAUAUCUCUGUGAUAAUAAUUAAUAAAAUGUUUAUCAAAAGAUGCUAUCUACAUAUCGUGUUUUAUACUUUUAUCGCUACUACAUCAGGUCAAAAUUAUUGGAAGAUACAUUCCGCCACCGAAAAACUUCCCUCGGAUAAUAGCGAAAAAAUCGUCUGGUGCACAGUAAGCAAUGAAGAGCAGAGGAAGUGCCAGAACUUUGCGAUGGCCGUCGAAAGGGAUCAGAUCCGAGUUGGCUAUGAUCAUUUUAAACUGGACUGUCAUCAGGCGUUCAACAAAGAUGAAUGCAUGGUACUUCUGGACGAAGAAAAAGUUACCCUCACCUCCUUAGACGCCGGAGAAGUAUUUGUCGGUGGACGAUAUCACAGUUUAAUACCAAUCUCGCAAGAAAUUGCAGAGGGAAACAUCAACUAUCACUAUGCAGUCGCCGUAGUUCGCGUAAAUACCCUAACCGAUGUAAACCAUUUGCGAGGUCUAAGAGGUAAAAAGGCCUGCUUUGCGGGAGUUGGAACUAUGGCCGGAUGGGUCGUACCCAUUCACACGCUGAUGAAUGAGGGGGGUAUGGAUAUAAUCGAUUGCAACAAUCAUGUAAAAUCGGCGACGGAAUUUUUCGGUCCAUCGUGCGCAGUUAAUUCACUUACAGAUAAAUACAAUCCGAUCGGAGAUAACUCUGAUAAAUUAUGUCAGAUUUGUAUUGGUAAGGUUCCGGGGGGUAAAUGUACAGAUGCUGAUCCCUAUGCUGGGUUCGAGGGAGCAUUUCGCUGUCUGCUCGAAGUGGGGGAAGUCGCAUUUUUAAAGCAUACAACGGUGGAAGAGCAAGUGUCGGGAAUUGAAUUUAGCGGCGUGUCAAAGGACAGUUUUCAACUGCUUUGUAAGGAUGGUACGCGUCGCCCGUUGAGUGAUUAUCAAAUUUGUAAUUGGGGUGUUGUGCCUGGCAACGCAAUUGUUACAUCAUCAGCUUUAACAUACGAGUUAAGAAAGAAAUAUCAGAAGUUUCUACAGAAGGCAGCAACGUUGUACUCCCAUUUUCCUGGUAAUGACACUUACAGAGGAGUUGAUGACACUCCCUAUGACAAUCGUGAUUAUGAUCAGUUUGGUAACAGAUUUAAACGCCAAAGCUUCAGUGACUUUGGUAGUAACAAUAAUCAAAAUGACCAGUUUGGUGAUUCAUAUAACAGAAACCCUGCGAACAGAGAUCGAUAUAAUCAAGAUCCUUACAAUCGCGAUCAAUACAACCGGGAUAGUAACCAGGAUCCGUUUGCCAAAGAUCCUUACUCGAUUGACAGAGAUAGAUAUGGUGUAAAUGUUGAUCCUUAUGGUACCAAUAUAAAUUAUAACCGUGAAGAUGAAACUUACCACGAUAAUCGCAUUAACAAUACUCGUGAUAAUUUCGAUCGCAACCGGCCCAAUAUUAGUUUUUAUGAAUCUUUUAAUUUGUUCGAGUCGUCUCCCAAGUACGGACCUCAUGCAAAUUUGCUCUUUCAAGAUACUACAAGAAACUUUGCAGCUUUGUCUGAUAAUCAGCAAACAUUUACGGGAUUUCUAGCCGAGGCGCUGGAUGUGAUUAUGGGUAUCCGACAAUGUCCAGUUGACCAUAUGACAUUGUGUGUUACUUCCGAUCAAGAAUUGGAAAAAUGUGUUAAAAUGAAAACUGCACUAAAGGCUCAAUUGGUCAAACCAGAAAUGCGAUGCGAAAAAGCGCACUCACAAAUAAAUUGUAUGCAAAAAAUUCAGGCGGGCAGCGCUGAUGUUGCCGUUUUGGACGCCAGCGACGUAUAUACGGCAGGAUUAAAUUACGACCUAAUUCCAUUUAUAAGUGAGAUUUACAAUUUGGGCGAACCUGAGUAUUAUGUAGUUGCAGUUGCAAAAGAGGAAGAUCCCAGUACUGAACUGACAUAUUUACGAGGGAAAAAUACUUGCCAUGGUGGUAUUCAUUCGGCAGCUGGGUGGGUGUAUCCGCUUGCCUAUCUUAUAAGUAAUGGUUGGAUUAGGCCGUAUGGAUGUAACAGUAUUAGAGCGGCAGCUGAAUAUUUCACCAAAAGUUGUGUACCUGGUGCUUUGAGUACAGAAUACAAUACAGGUGUACCUUAUGAAAACUUGUGUGAUUUGUGUCAUGGCGCAAGUUUUAGAUUCUGUCGAAGAGACGCAGCAGAAGAUUACUAUGGUCAUACAGGCGCCUUCAGAUGUCUGGUAGAAGGUGGCGGUCACGUGGCCUUUGUAAAGCACACUACAGUAAUGGAAAAUACAGGCGGCGAAAGGCGCGAGUGGUGGGCGAGAGAUAACUUGAUGGACGACUUUGAAUUACUUUGUCCCGAUGCAACUCGUGCGGAGGUUCAAGAUUACAAGAAGUGUAACUUGGGAAAAGUAAAGUCAAACGCCAUUGUAACGAGAGGCGGAGAUCAAUUCAAGGAACUAGAAAUAAAUGCUUUCAUUAAUCUGUUCAUGUACUCGCAAACGUACUACGGCAGAAAGACUACAGAUGAGUUUAGUUUCAGUAUGUUUUCGUCACCGCCCCCUUUUACGGAUUUGAUAUUUCAAGAUGCCACUCAACAAUUGAAAGUCAUUGAACCUAAUGAGCGGUACUAUUCCACCUAUUUAGGCCCUGACUAUAUGAGAGCGCGACGUAUAGUCGAUUGUCGAUCUACCUCUAGCAAAGUUCCACUGCCGUUUUACUCACUCUUAGGACUCUUAGUAGUCAUCUACUUCCAAAGAUAAAAUUUAGAUCUGUAGGAACUUUGUACAAAUUAACA